CCCAGCUUCCGCGUCGCGGCUGGGCCAGCUGGACCCCGGGUCGGUGGCGGAGUCCUGGCUCACUUUGGGGCGGGAGGCGGAGCUGGAGGUCGGAGUCAGACCGGGAGCCUGGGCUCAAGCGGCGGGCGCUGACUCCCUCCGAAAUGGACGGGACAGAAGGCACUGCUGGGCAACCGGGCCCCGCUGAGCGGUCCCAUCGAAGCAGCGUGUCCUCCGUGGGAGCCCGAGCAGCUGACGUCCUGGUGUACCUGGCGGAUGACACAGUGGUGCCCCUGGCUGUGGAGAACCUGCCCUCGCUUAGCGCCCACGAGCUGCACCGAGCUGUCCGUGAGGUCCUGCAGCUCCCGGACAUCGCCCUAGAUGCCUUCGCACUCUGGCUUGUGUCCCCUCUGCUGGAGGUGCAGCUGAAGCCCAAGCACCAGCCCUACAAGCUGGGCCGCCAGUGGCCAGAACUGCUCCUGCGCUUCACUGAUGCUCCUGACGAUGACGUGGCCAUGGAUGAGCCUUCCCUGCAGUUCCGAAGGAACGUGUUUUUCCCAAAGCGGCGGGAGCUCCAGAUCCAUGAUGAGGAGGUCCUGCGGCUGCUCUAUGAGGAGGCCAAAGGCAACGUGCUGGCCGCACGGUACCCAUGCGACGUGGAGGACUGUGAGACCCUGGGCGCCCUGGUGUGCCGCGUGCAACUCGGGCCCUACCAGCCUGGCCAGCCCACUGCCUGUGCCCUGAGGGAGAAGCUGGAUUCCUUCCUCCCUGCCCACCUCUGCAAGCGGGGCCAUGGGCUCUUUGCGGCACUCCGGGGCCGAGGGGCCAAGGCGGGGACAGGUGAACAGGGCCUGCUGAAUGCUUACUGCAAAGUGAAGGAAGCUGGCGACGGUGAGCACGGGGCCUCCUUGAGCACCCACUACCGUGCCUACCUCCUCAAGAGCCACGAGCUGCCCUUUUACGGGUGUGCCUUCUUCCAUGGCGAGGUGGACAAACCGGCCCAGGGCUUUUUACACCGGGGUGGGCGAAAGCCAGUGGCCGUGGCCAUCAGCUUGGAGGGCGUGCAUGUCAUUGACAGCAGGGAGAAGUGGUUGGCCUGGAGGCAGACUGGAUGGCUUGCUGACCUCCCUCCCUCAGAUGUCCCCAUGGCCUCCAGUGCCACCCCGGGGACUUCCUUGGGGUCUGUUCUACAUCAGCUUUUCUGCCUAGCGUGUGAGCAUGUCCUGCUGGGCCUGCGCUUCCAGGAACUGUCGUGGGACCACACCUCCCCCGAGGAGGAGGAGUCUGUCCUGUGGCUAGAGUUUGAUGGGGACAACGAGGGCACACCGGUCAACAAGCUCCUUAAGAUCUACUCCAAGCAGGCCGAGCUGAUGAGCAGUCUCAUCGAGUACUGCAUUGAGCUGAACCAGACUUCAGAGCCUGCUGCCUCCCAGGAAAAUGUGUCUGGCACACCCUCAGCCGCUGGUGCCCCACCACCUCCCAUUCAGCGCCCACAGCUGCGGAGGCAGGGCAGCGUGGUAUGCAGCCGCCUCCAGCAUCUCUCCACCAUUGACUACGUGGAGGAAGGUCAGCAGAUCAAGCGGGUGAAACCAAAGCGCACCACAUCCUUCUUCAGCCGGCAGCUCUCCAUGGGCCAGGGGAGCUACACCGUGGUGCAGCCCACCGACAGCCUGGAGCAGGGCUGAGGGUGGCAGUGCCGGGCAGGGGGAGGGCACAGGGAGGUCCUCCCUGGACCUAGCCCAGCGCUCUUCUCCCAAGGGGCAGGACCAGGCUGUGGCUCUGGUGUUGGGUAGGAGGAUUACCUCGGAGAAGAAAGAAGCAGCUUCUGUGCCCGUGGUGGUACAUGGGCCACGCAGAGCUGGCUGGGGACUCCCGCAGGGUCUUCCUUGCAGCCUGCCUGCCUUUCCCCUGGACUCAGCCCCACUGCUGUCUCAGGACCAUCUGAGGAGGUUCUGGCCACCUCCUCCCAGCCAGGGAUGUGCCCUUCUCAAGAUGGAAAGUGUCCCCAGCUCUGAAGUCCUCAGUGACAGCCCUGAUGGCAGGUGGCCGACAAAUAGGGUUCAGGACUAUAGGUCCAAUGUGUGUCUUUGGUCUUUUCCCUGGACUUUGGUGACCACAUCCCUGCAUUUCUUCUGCCACAUUCCACCCAUGCUGCCAGUCUGGGCAUGGCCCUGAGGGGUGGGAAGGAGGCCUCCCUGGAUUGAACCACAGCAGGAACAGAGAGAGUGAAGCCUCCCACCCAUACUCUCUCUGGCUGGAUGGAACUGGAGGGAGCCAGGCAAGGCCUGGCUCAGGGAGCACUCUGUGCCCCUCACUCAGGCCUCUUGUGGUCAGGACACAUUCUGACUGGAGGGAAAGUGCCUUUUUGCCAGCUUUUGAUGACAACACUGUUCCAGGAGGUGGCUGCCCUGUGGACCAAUGUGCCCACCAGAUCCACACUCUACACUUAAAGAGGCUCCCAAACCACCCUGGACUUCAGGUUCUAGUUUUGCUCUUUUUUUUCAUCUGCUUCAGUUCCACAAAGCGUGUGAACUCUAGGGUAACGAGAAGAUGCCCCCACCAACCUCAGAGCUGCUGGCUCUCCUUCAAGAUGGCGCCAUGGUGUCCACCCUCCUGACCCUGGGGGUGGCCCAUGCAGGGAAACGUCCUAUGCGACUUGGUCUCCUCUUUCCAGGGACAUUGUAGGGAGGCUGGAUGUGGCACUGGGCAUGUUUUUUAACCUGCUUUCCCCUCCUGGCAUCUCCCAGAGGAGCCGUCCCAGCCCCUCUGCUCCUCCAUGGUGGGUCCAUGGCCCUCACAGCACUUCCUGGGACUUUCCAUAGGAAGAAGCAGGCGCAGCUCAGCACUGGAUUCUGCUUUGUCCUCCGUCUUCCCUCCCUCCCCGCUGAGAGCCUUGGCAGAGGAAAUGCAAACUGGUCUCCAGGGUCAGAGCCCAUUCCCUCCUCUUCCUUAUAGUGGCUUUUGAGCACUCCAGAUGUUCUGGGGCGGACUUGCCUCCAGCAGUAGGGACUUUGUUACUUGUUAUAAUAAGUAGGUGUCCCCAGCCUUGUGGAAUGUCCCAGCCAGAGGACAUCUUGUCUCCCCUCCUGGAGUCACUGUACCUGAGUGGCUGCAGCCCGCCAGGCACCCAGCCCUCUGGUUAUCUCUCCUCUCGAUCUUUUGACCCAAAUGAAUGUUUAUCUGCUGGGCUUGAGGGUGUCGGGCGUGGACACACAUUACUUGUUUUUAUCCUUCAGUCUGUCUGUUUUAUCCUUCAGUCUUCUGUUCUCUGAGCAUCCUUUGUGCCAAGACCUUUUCUGCCUGCCCUUUGGGACAAAGCAGUAUUUUACCAAGUGCCCUUUGAAUAUUCUCAUUCUUUUGUAUCAUGUGACUUCUUAAUAAUAAAAUAAAUUUCUAGCGAA